AUGCCGCUUGAGCGCGACCCUGGUCACUGCUCUGAAUCGCAGAUCGGAACAGGAAUCGCAGUCCUGGUGGCGGGCUGGCUACAAACGCGACCAGCAGCGGCGCAGGCUUCCUGGUGUUGUAGUAUCUAUAUCACCACCAUCACGACAACGACCAUCGUCGCCAUGGCUGCCUCGACGAGUGUUUUUGUCGAGGAGCGGGCAUCAGGCAGUACGGGCGUCUGGACCAGCUGGACCUGUCAGGUCGCUUUUGGAGAUGAACAGCAACGGCCCUCCCACACAAAAACAGCGCCGCCCGUGAGGCCGAGGGCUGCGCUAGACGCCAGCUGGGCACGGCCCGGGACUUGCAACGCCCGUCAUUGGCUGCAUCGGCGCGCUAGUCCCGCUCAAGUCAGAUUGACGGUCAACUGGUGA